GGGCGACGACAGCACGGGGGAAAGACAUUUAAUUGUUAUUGUUAGCCGCUCUUUAUAAUAAAAAAAAUACCCCGACAUACAGAAGUGCAUUGAACAUUGGUUUUAUUUUUUAUAUGCGCAAGAUAAAGAAGUUCACGACCACGGAACGGUUUGUGCACGUGUCUCUUUGUCCUGACGGCAGAAAUAAAUGUGUACAGAGCAAAGACAUUAACGGCGUGUGGUGUUAGUUAGCCGUGUGCAGUUUCCUCAGGGAACGGCGGUUAGCGUUAGAGUUGUAUGCCAGUGCUUUAACCAGCUAGUUCACUGUAACGCCGUAGUAACACCGAAUUACAACGCGAAAUGGCGUCGUGGUGAAUUAAAUGUUAUAUUUAGCUGCUCUAUUUUGCUACACACUUGCUCCUGUCACUGGUGUUUAUUCAUCCAGCUAAUAUGUGUAGCUGUUAUGUAGCUAGCUCAGUUAGCCAGUUAAGCUAAUAUACCCAGCAGAUAAGCCGCACAACAAAUGCCCCUUUCUGGUUUAGUUAUUGUAUGUUUUGCCCUCAAGCUCGUCUUAUUUGCCUUGGUGUUGCAUGGUUAUGUUUACAGUUGUGUGCUAGCUGCUUGUUCCUCUGGCACUUGUACACUCCAGCUGCCUUAAAGACAUGUGAAAACGUUUGUGUUUAUGUGAAAUCAGCCGGAAACACACGGGAUCAAGCAAACGGAAGUAUGAACGAUGCAGAAACAGCCACUAGGAAGCAUGCAAGUUCCCAAGAGUUGCAAACCCCCAAAAAUGAGGAUGCAUAUGAAAUCUCCAUCCCAUUUGAGGAGAACAACUAUGAACCACAGGGUGGCUUUUACAACCAGAACGAUCAGAACUUCGACAGUCAAUGUAAUGAUCCUCCAGCUCCUGCAAGCUCAUACUUGCUGAUUACGAACCUGCGCACACAGCUGCAGAUUUCUCUGGAAAAGAACUCGUGGCUGCAGAAACGGAUCGAAGACCUGGAAGAGGAGAGAGACUUCCUGCGCUGUCAACUCGACCGCUUCAUAUUCUCCACCAAGAGUCAGGAUAGCAAUGGUAACGAUGCUCGCAGUUUUUCUUGGAGGAGACGACGAGAGAAUGAACGUGAUCAGCAAGCAGAGGUUCAGCGUUCAGCCAGCCGUCAGUCAUUCCCACAACGACCUGCUCAGCAGCCCCCAACUAACGCCAAGGUCAUGAGCACUAGUUCUGGGCCAAUUAGUGCCCAGAUAAGUUCCAUGUUUGGUCCCUCCCACUCCCAGCCUCUCCUACACAGCCAUGGAGGUGGAAGUAGCAGCAGUAGUACUAAUAACAGAUCUAUGAAUGAUCUACCAGAGUCACUCUCACUUUUGGGAGAUGAUGAAGAAUAUUUGGAGGACAGCUACCUGGAAGAAGACGAGCUUAUGUCUGGGGAGGAUGUGAUGCCAGAAAACAUGACUAUAAGGAAUAUGGGUGCUCCUGGGAGGCCCCCUGGGGGCCACCCUGCCCUGAAAAGGAGGAGAGUCUUCAGAAUAGCCAGAGGCCGAGAGAGACAGAGAGUGAAAGAUGCUGCUGGCGUGUUGUUCCGCUAUAAGAAGAUUCUGGUGACGUACCAGCGGCUAAAAAACAUGUCCAAGGCCUUCCAGAUCCAUGGUGUGGACCGUAACACAGUGGCCUCCACCACUCCCAUUGCGGAGCUGCUGCUUGUGGCUCCUGAGAAGCUGGCCGAGGUGGGUGAGUUCGACCCGUCCAAAGAGAAGCUUCUGGACUACGCACGGCGUUGCUACAUCGCUUUGGACCCCCAAACCCGCAGCAAAGUUCAGGCCCUGAAGAAGAACAAUCUGUUACUCCCAAUCUCUUACAGGUUGAAAGGAGCCGAUGGCCGGUAAUUGGACAGGAGCAAGUGAUUUCUGACCUGUUGUAUCAUAGAAUCCCUCACUGUAUUUGAAUGCAUCAUAGAGCACAUGUCCACUCUGUCAACCUCCAUCCUGGUGUUGAGAUCAGGUAUACUCUGAAUCAAACCGUACUGUAUUACCUCCGUUCUUCUCCUUGGUGCACAUACACACGGCUUUAAAGGGCUGGGCUUCCAGGAAGACUGUUUGGUAGAUACUGUCACUUGUAUAAAGAAGUAUGUAUAUUGUGAAAACUGUUUGUCUUGGGCGUGAGCCCUGUGCCCUCUGUAGUUCUGUGAUGUCCCAUGUACUGAAGUACUGUAUCAGGGGGUUUUCAGCUACAUUCCAGAAGGCCAGUGUGUGUUUCCAUUUGUGUGUGUAUAUGUUUGUGGUACCCGUCCCUCAGCACUUACCUUGUUGCUGAAUUGUUCAGUGCUAGUCUGAGGGGUACACACACCUGUGCUUUUUGUUUUAUACUGUGCUAAACUGCACCAGACACUUCAUUUCUUUAGGCCUGUAUGACGUCCUCGAGGCAGAAUCAUUUUUGUGUUUGGUGCAUGUAAAUCCCUGACUCGUGACCUCUCUCAUUUUAGACAUCACUGACUGUUGCGCAUAAGAAAAAAAUGUAUAGUGAAACCUCAGUCAUUAACUGGGAUCACACCUGAGCACCCAGGAAUUAUACAUUUCAUAGUUUUCACAUGAUGUCGCAUUCUUAUAGGAACGCCCACCUGGAGGGCAAAACACGGCUUUCUUCCGCUGCCCGCCAGUUAUUUUUACUAGAUUUGUUUAGCCAAAAUGCCGGAUAGUCGUUCGGUUGGAUGCGCUAGCAGUUAAACAGUAGGAAUGAUUUACCUGACAUUGAAAAAAAAAUGUUUUACUUUUAUUUAUAUAUAUAUAU